AUGCCCGCUGACCGUUCAAAACGGCUCACGUUGCGCAGAUCAUGCCAAGCCUGCGUCAAAAGCAAGCGACGUUGUGAUCAGGGGUGGCCCAGAUGCGGCAGAUGCUUGGGCAAGGACAUCAACUGUGAAUAUGUCAAUGCACCUUUUACAGUAACAUCUACUGGAAUAUCACCCGCCUGGCAAUAUAUGGGCGUUGACUACUCAAUCGCAAAUGCGACUUUCACGCCACAAAUUCUCGCACCACUACAACUAGAAAUGAUGAAAGAACCUGAUCCGAAUAUCAUUCAACUUCUCGUGGCCGGGCUGCGCGAUUUGCCGGUCAAAUUUGCACAAAACAACAAGAAUAUUUUCAUCCACCCCGAUCUGUAUACGAACGUUCUGCCGAUCCCUGUCCGGGAGAUCCACAGUAUUUGCAAACUUAACAUACAAACUGGAGAAUCCAGUCGAGUGACCUUCAUCCUUUCAUCAAUGCUCCGACAGCACUCGGCGAAGAUAUAUCGGCGACUGAAUCAAGCUGCAUCAUUCGAAGAGCUACUAGGAUAUAGCCAAGCAUUCGUAUUAAUCCAAUGCAUCUUGCUUUUCAACGAAGACGGCACCAAACGUCCAUAUUCGGAAGUGAUCAGUGCCAUGCUCGCAGGAGUCGCCGGCAAACUAUUUCAACAAGCACCCAUUCAACUUCCGCACGCCCUCAGUCCUAGACGUGCUUGGCUUUUUGCUGAGAGCGUUCGGCGAACGAUCAUCGUAUGUUUCAUGUUACGCAGUGCGUACUCUUUGAACACCAGGAAAUAUUCAGUUCGGACGCCGUUUGUGGAUUCAUUGCCCUUUGAUCUACGGACCAACUUGUGGGACAAUGAUUCGGACAUAGCGUGGCAAGAUGCGCUCUCUGACUCCCGUGAUUCUAUGGUUUCAUUACAUGAGUGGUCUGAUGGACUGGCAGCGGGCCGUGUUUAUGAUGUUUCUUCUUUUAGUGCCUUGAUCCUUGCGGCUUGUAAAGGUCGAGCCGUUUUUAUGAUCCCGACUCCCCCUGUGGACUAUCAUAUGGACCGUUGA